GUCUCGGCCCAAACUCCCGCCCGGAACAGUCGUUUGUCAACACCGUCGUGCAGCCCAGACUCUCGUGUCUGUCUGUGCCUUUGUGUGUAUGUGUGUGUGCGUGUGUGUACCAGUAUCCACUCCUUUACUCUGUUUUUCCUCCAGAAUGGCAGCAAAUAAAGAGGACCCCGACCUUGACGAGAUUCUCGCCAACGAGGAGGAGCUGGAGAAAGCUUUGUGCGUGCUGGCUGGAAGCGACCCAGAAAACUGCUCCUAUUCCCGGGGCUAUGUGAAGAGACAGGCUGUGUUUGCCUGCAACACCUGCACUCCUAAUGCUACUGAGCCUGCUGGGAUCUGUCUGGCCUGUGCCAAUAAAUGCCACGAUGGACAUGAUAUCUUUGAACUGUACACCAAAAGAAAUUUUCGCUGUGAUUGUGGAAAUAGCAAGUUUCGGGAUUUCAAGUGCCAGCUGAUCACCGCCAAAGAUGAGGAAAACGUUAGAAACCUCUACAAUCACAACUUCAAUGGCUGCUACUGCACAUGUGACCGACCGUAUCCAGACACAGACGAUCAGGACAAUGAUGAGAUGAUUCAGUGCAUCAUCUGUGAGGACUGGUUUCACAGCAGGCACCUGGGCUGCACCAUGGUGGAGCCUGAGGAGCUGCAGGAGAUGGUGUGUGAGGCCUGCAUGAACAAGGCUCCUUUCUUGUGGACGUAUGCCGCUCACUUUGCAGUGCCGCCUGUGAUCAGUGUCAGUCAUCCUGAGGAGGGGGAGGAGGGGGUAGAGGUCGAUGUCGAGGUCGAGGAGGGAGGAGAAAAGGAAGAAGCCUCUCAGUCCAGUCAAAGUGGGGGUGAGGAGCCAUCCACCAGUGCUGAGCACACCAAGGAGGAGGAAGUGGAAAACCGGAGUUCCCCUUGCAAACGGACUCAUGAGCAAAUGACAGGCAGCCCUGGAAAGGCCACCACCAAAACUGUGGCAUGCAGGCUUAAAGAGCUGCAGGCCCAGGGGCUGGAGAGGCCGAGACAGGGAGCAGUGUUCUGGCCUUACAGUUGGCGCUCCGAGCUUUGCACCUGCACAAGCUGCAAGAGGGCCUAUGUGGCUGCCGAGGUGCAGUUUCUCAUGGAUCAGUCUGACACCGUUCUGGCCUAUGAGAACAAAGGCUUGGAUGAGCCGUUUGGGCAGCACCCGCUGAUGGCACUGACAAGCUCGAUGGACCGUGUCCAGCAGCUGGAGGUCAUUUACGGUUUCAACGAGCUGACAACUUCGAUCAGUGCAUUUUUAGACCAGUGUGUUGCUGAAGGAAAGACGGUCACAGUUGAAGCUGUACAUCAGUUCUUUGAGGAGCUGCGGGCUAGAAAAAGACGCAGAACCAAUGCAGGAUAUCAGUAACAAGAAGACCAACAAGCUGCUGCCAUCAUAUGCUGGGUUCAUAUGGUGCUUUGAAUGAAUGAGUGAGUGAAUGUGUUGUUUGAGAGAUGACCCUUUUUUCUCUGCUGAAUAAAGGGCCUUUUGCUGCAACAAAUGUGAUCCUUAAGCUUGAACAGUUAGUGCAGAUAUGACUAAUUUCCAAUUGUUGUAAAAUUCUACUUCUACAUCUCCUUAUUUUGGUAAGGAUUGUGAAUUUUGGCGUUCAUUUUCAUGUCUAGUUUUUUUUCAUCGAUUAAUAGUGAUGCCUUAACUUUGAAGCUGAUUACAGUUUGUUACUUGAAACAUUCUUGAUGUUGAAUGCAUAUUGAUACAUCUUUAUGAAGAAAAGAUUUUGUUUCAGCACAGUGCUUUAAAAAAAUGGCUGUAUGCCAGUAUCCAGUCAUUUUGACUGGGCUGCAGUGUGCUUACAUUGAGGUUUAAGGUUAAGAGGUUUUUCUGGUGGCAUUCAGUUAAGAUAAACUUGUUUGUAAAAAUGAUGUGAGGGAAUAUCACUGUUGUAUGUGAAAUAAUGCUCAUAAUAAAGUUAUCACAUAUUUCUAGUGCAUAAACAACCCAAAUGAGAUCAAAUGAAUUCCAUAAUAUCAAACCAGUUUAUUUUGAGGAUGCCCAAGUUGACCACUGUUAUGCACCUUUUGAGGUGACAGUAGAAAAAUAGAUUCAGUGAAACUAAAUGCAACUUAAUAUCAAUCUACAAACAUGUUUUCUAUGAUACCAUACAAGUACAAUGUACCUGUUAUAAUUCAACACAAGCAAUCACACAUUUCAGAUGGUUCAAUUUCAAAAGGUGCUAAAUAACACUAUGUACACAAAACAAGCUACAUGAGAUUUCAAAGAACUAUUUGAUGCAGGCUGGUAAGCUGGUAGAAAAGAGCUUGCAUAGACAUCAAAGUCACUUCUCCAAUAAAAGCCCAGCCGCAGGCGGGGGAAGGCACUGACUUCUCUACAGCAAAGAGCAAAACAAGAACUUUUAUUCAAUGGAACAUUGUCCUGGAAAAUAAAACAACUACCCAACAUGAACAUGGGGAGGAAUCUGGAGUUUUGCAUUUUUUCCCCAUGAAGCAACCUAGAUGGAAAAAUGAUUUUUCUGCUUGGCAACUUCAUUACUGCUAAGCAGAGAGCUAAUAUCCUCAGAUCCUCUACAUAUUCCUAUUACUUUUAAAGUAAAAGGAAAAUAGGGGGAGGAAAAAAAAACAUCUCUACAAAACAUGGGACUCCACACCAUCUACAAUAUUGAACAGACUGCCCUAAAUGCCUAACAUUUAAGAACAAAAUAGAUUCUGAGACACAAUCUUUAUGUUUUAUACCACACAUUCUUAGUGAGAUUUCAUGACAAAGACAAGUACACAGUGUUGUCCACUACAGUAAAAACACAAACCUUCAACAACCACUAAAAUGUGAUAGAAACCAUUAAAAAUUCAUCAGAACAUGUGGAACUCAAUUCAUUAUAUACAAUUUCCAUUGGAGAUAUGAGCCUGCAAUCGCCAACUUCUUCAAUAUAAGAUUCCUUUUGUUCGAGAUUUGUUUGUUCCUUUUCCCUUCAGCUAAUAAACAGGUGGCUCCGACAGUGCAAUGAUACGCCUAUGUGAGGUUGUGUGCCAGCUGUUGGCUCUAACAGGUUUUUUAUGUGUGUACGUGCAGGGUUGUGGAGCUACAGCUGCUGCGGCUCUUUAACAGUAUAUUUGACAUUAUCAACACUGACUGCAGGUCCACGAUCUCCCAUGAGCUGGUGUGAUGGAGGCCUGAUGUAUAUACAUGGUUUUAGCAUUUGGGUUUAGUGAAAUCCACCUCUACCACCCAGACCGCAGUGAAAUGUGUCUGUAGUGAACAGAACAGUUGAGUAAGCAGUCGACAGGUGUUGUGAUAUAAUGACAUCAUACUAAAUUGAAUAAAGGUAGCUAAAACUGAAUAUUCCAAGCACUGAUUAAGGCUUUAGAUUCAAUUAUUUGAUGCUAUUGGAUUAAACAGAACAACAGGGAGCUCUAGCACACUGACCACCACUCUCUGUGCCAAAGACUCUGGUUAAUCAUCUCAGACUCUGAUAUGUACAAACAGACCUGACUAAAGAUGGGAGUGUACAGUACUGAGAUUGUCUAAACACCUGUGUGUAUCAAAGUUAUCCUUGGGCUCAUUCUCUCAUUCUCUCUCUCUUCUCUCUCUCUCACACACACACACACACACACACACACACACACACACAGAGACACACACACCUGUUCCAGCUGCAAAACCAACAAAACCCCCCACACUCCAUUUGAUCACUGUAUGUCAGUUGCCAUGGCACCCCUAUAUUUUCUAACUGUAUCUCAGUAAUGAACCCGCCCGCGAUUCUUCUGCCCCCUCCCUUUCUCUGGAAAAAAAAGGCAGGCUUCUGCCUCUAAGCUAGACACUGAGAGGUUGUGAUAGUUAAAGCCUGACACAAUUAUCAGACUGGGUUACUGGAGAAUGACGAGCUCUGAUGACCUACUUCCUGUCAGAUCCAAUUCCCACUUUGUGAGACCAAGCCUUGGCCCAUUACUCAUCAGCACUGCAGAAUCAUGACCAGGAGGGGAAAACUAGUCAGGUAGAUUGCUAUAGGCAUGCUACAGGAAGAAAUGGAAAUACAAGUCAUGGGAGGAAAAGAAUACAGCCAGAUGUAUUUACAUAUGAUUUUAUCACAAUACUCUGUCCCAGACUGUGUGCCAUUGUUCGUUUGUGUAAAUUGAGAUUCCUAUCCAGCCUAUCUCCCCAUUCUAUCCUGAAAAUAA